UAGAAAUUCAAGGAAAAUAAUAAGAUGACAUUUUGUUUUGCCUCAAGCCCUGAACACAUGAUUGGUAUAAUCAUUUAGCUAAUGUCAAACAACAUAGUGUCUGGCAAGAUUUUAGCUAGAGUCAACUAUCAACUCUCCACAGCUUAUCACUGAAAUAACAAGCUUUGUGUGACCAUAUUAAAAAUUAUCAGUUUUACAUUUGAAAGGCCCAGUGCCAACCUGGAAAAAAUUGCUUGCAUUGAUGAGUAAUAAAUUCUACAUUUUGCACAUUCUCACAACUGCAUGAAUUCAUUUCACAAUGUUGGCAAAUAAUCUGAAUUCUUGGUGGCACGGGUCCUCCGUACGCUGAGCGCCGGUCCCCUGGGCCCACUUUUCUUUCUCUAUAGUUUGUGUCUCUUUCUUUUCUCAGUCUCUCAUCCCACCCGACUAGAAACACCCACAGGUGUGCAGGGGCAGGCCACCCCUUCAUCUGGUGCCCAACGUGGGUGCUUUUCUCUAGGAUGAAGGUACGCUCGAGCAUGAUCAUUGAGGACAAGUCGACGAGAUUCCCGAGUACGUCUACAGUCAGCCUUGCGACAUUUGAAGUUCUACAAUGAACCCGUCGGAGAUGCAAAGAAAAGCACCUCCACGGAGACGGAGACACCGCAAUCGAGCGCCAUCGACUCACAAGAUGAACAGAAUGGUGAUGUCAGAAGAACAGAGGAAGUUGCCAUCCACCAAGAAGGCGGAGCCGCCGACAUGGGCACAAUUAAAGAAGCUGACACAGUUAGCUAAAAAAAGCCUAGAGAACACAAAGGUGACACAAACUCCAGAGAACAUGCUGCUUGCAGCUUUGAAGACUGUAUCAACAGUGUCUGCAGGUGUACCCAGCAGCUCCGAAGAGACAGCGAGCAUCGAGAACGAGCCAUGAUGACAACGGUGGUUUUGUCGAAAAGAAGGGGGAAAUGUGGGGAAAAGAAAGAGAUAUCAGACUGUUACUGUGUCUAUGUAGAAAGAAGUAAACAUAAGAGACUCCAUUUUGUUCUGUACCAAGUAAAAUUUUGUCUUGAGAUGCUGUUAAUCUGUAACCCUACCCCCAACCCUGUGCUCGCAGAAACAUGUGCUGUGUCAAGGUUUAAUGGAUUUAGGGCUGUGCAGGAUGUGCUUUGUUAAACAAAUGCUUGAAGGCAGUAUGCUCGUUAAAAGUCAUCACCACUCCCUAAUCUCAAGUACCCAGGGACACAAAACACAGUGGAAGGCCGCAGGGACCUCUGCCUAGGAAAGCCAGGUAUUGUCCAAGAUUUCUCCCCAUGUGAUAGUCUGAAAUAUGGCCUCCUGGGAAGGAAAAGACCUGACUGUCCCCAAGCCCGACACCCGUAAAGGGUCUGUGCUGAGGAGGAUUAGUAAAAGAGGAAGACAUCUGUCUCCUGCUCAUCCCCUGGGCAAUGGAAUGUCUCUGUGUAAAACCCGAUUGUAUAUUCCAUCUACUGAGAUAGGAGAAAACCGCCUUAGGGCUGGAGGUGAGACAUGCUGGCAGCAAUAUUGCUCUUUAAUGCACCGAGAUGUUUAUGUAUGUGCGCAUCAAAGCACAGCCCCUUUUUCUUAACCUUGUUUAUGACACAGAGACAUUUGUUCACUUGUUUUCCUGCUGACCCUGUCCCCGCUAUUACCCUACUGUCCUGCCACAUC